UUAUGUUUUAUUAUUUUAUCCACGGAACGAUCAGACAUGGAUCUGGGUGAUUUUGAGGCGGAUAACUCCGUGAGCUGCCGCUUGUCCUCGUCCAUCCCAGAUGUGUGUAAGACGGAGGACUGUUGCCUGGGCAUCGAUGAGGCGGGCAGGGGACCCGUCCUGGGACCCAUGGUGUAUGGGAUAUGCUUCUGCCCUGUAUCCAGAAAAGAAGACCUGAAGAAUAUGAAAGUGGCCGACUCAAAGACGCUGUCGGAGGCAGAGAGAGAGAACCUGUUUCUGAAGAUCGACAAGGCCAAAGGUUUUGUGGGCUGGGCCCUUCAGGUCCUCUCGCCCAACACCAUCUCCACCAGCAUGCUGCAAAGAGCGAAAUACAAUCUGAAUGCUCUGUCCCAUGAUGCUGCUAUUGGUCUGGUGCAGUACGCGCUGGACUGCGGGGUGCAGCUCAAAGAGGUGUUUGUGGAUACCGUGGGUCCUGCAGAGAAGUAUCAGGACAAGCUCUCGCAGCGCUUCCCCGGGGUGGAGGUCACGGUGCGUCCCAAAGCUGACUCGCUCUUCCCCGUCGUCAGUGCCGCCAGCAUCUGUGCCAAGGUGGCCAGAGACCAUGCGGUCAAAUCCUGGAAGUUUGCAGAAGAUUUGGGCGACGUGGAUGCAGAUUACGGCUCUGGGUAUCCUAAUGAUCCUAAAACUAAGAGCUGGUUGCUGAAGUAUCUGGACCCAGUGUUUGGUUAUCCUCAGUUCGUGAGGUUCAGCUGGAGCACAGCGCAGACGCUCCUGGACAGUAAAGCUGUCGCUGUUCACUGGGAUGAUGAUGAGGAAGAUGGUGAAAAGGCAGCUGCGCGUCAGAAUAACGCCUCCAUGCUGUCCUAUUUCAGCCGCAGCAAGCCGUCCGAGCUCACACACACACGAGACACACACCGCUUCUUCACCGAGCGCAAACUACAGAGCAUCAACACACUCUGAACACACACACAUACAGGCAGUCAGCGAGAGCAGCGGUCAACGUGUCACAAAAUACACAU